AUGGCUGCCGUCGUUGACCGCUCCGCAAUGCGCCGCUCGGUCUCAACGGCCUCACCUUCCGGCGGCGUGUGGCCGACAAGAACGCGGCCGCUGGCGACGAGGAGAGCGCGCCGAGCUCGCGGCCGCAAAGGCUACUCGGCGCCCUCAAGGGUGUCUUGCUUGAGAAAGCGCCCGGACCCAAGUCGCCGCAAUGGUGGACUGAGUUCCACCGGCUCAAGGCCGCCAACCGUCACCGAGUCGGAUUUUAUUGAAGUCUUGUACGCGGGGAGCGACGACCAGCAAAAAUCCUAUUUGCGCCAAGAGUACCCGACGCUACUGUCGCACCACCAGGAGCGCUUUACGGUGUGGCCGCGACCGACGCAGGUCUGUCCUGUGACGCCGUACUCCGGGCGCUGUGCGGCGACCAGCAUCGCACCGUCGCCGUGUCUCGCGACAUUAAUCGACACGCUGCGCACGUCGCUGGGCUGGACGCGCCACGAGACGUCGGCGUUUCUCAAGUCGCUUCAAACCACCGCCCACGUGCACUCGGCGGUCGACUACGUGUGUGCCCGCCGCCAAGCGCUCACGCUGCCUCUCUCAGUGGCCUACCCGCGCAUCACCCGCGCGGUCUGGAGUACACUGGACGAGGCGGCGCAGCAGCUCCUCACCCCCGAUGACACGAGCUACAUUGCCUCGCUGCCAUCGUACGUAUGCUCCUGA